CCGGCUCUCCCUGCCGAGAGAUGGGCCGGCCCGGCGGCGCGCGGGCAGCGGUGGCGGUGGCGGCCCAAGAUGGCGGAGCUGCAGCUGGACCCGGCGAUGGCGGGGCUGGGAGGGGGUGGCGGGAGCGGGCUGGGCGACGGGGGUGGCCCGGGCCGCGGGCCCCCCAGCCCUCGCCCCGCCGGCCCCACGCCCCGCGGGCACGGCCGCCCGCCCGCCGCCGCCGCGCCGCCACUGGAGCCGGGUCCCGGACCGCCAGAGCGGGCAGGGGGAGGCGGUGCGGCCCGCUGGGUCCGGCUGAACGUGGGCGGCACCUACUUCGUGACCACCAGACAGACCCUAGGCCGGGAGCCCAAGUCUUUCCUCUGUCGCCUCUGCUGCCAGGAGGACCCGGAGCUGGACUCGGACAAGGACGAGACAGGAGCCUAUCUGAUUGACAGGGACCCCACCUACUUCGGUCCUAUCCUCAACUACCUCCGCCACGGGAAACUCAUCAUUACAAAGGAGUUGGCUGAAGAAGGUGUUCUGGAAGAAGCGGAGUUUUACAACAUUGCAUCUCUUGUGCGGCUGGUUAAGGAACGGAUACGGGACAAUGAGAACAGAACUUCUCAGGGCCCCGUGAAGCACGUGUACAGAGUCCUGCAGUGCCAGGAAGAGGAGCUUACACAGAUGGUCUCCACUAUGUCUGAUGGUUGGAAAUUCGAACAGCUAAUCAGCAUUGGAUCUUCCUAUAACUACGGAAAUGAGGAUCAGGCAGAAUUCCUCUGUGUUGUCUCCAGAGAACUCAAUAAUUCUACCAAUGGCAUUGUCAUAGAGCCAAGUGAAAAGGCAAAGAUUCUUCAGGAGAGAGGAUCUCGGAUGUAAAUUCCAGAUUCUUAACCAUCAAGAGAACAAGCCGGCAGAGCACCUUGUGAAGUUAAAUCUUGCUCCUGUACAGUAACCGAGCUCCUGCAAGGCACGGCUGAGCCUGGCCCCCCAAUGGAGAAGUGUUCUGGUCAAAACCAAAGGAACCCCUGCCUGCCCCCCCACAGGAACCUGAAGACAGACGCACUUCCGGCUGCAGAAUACCUUUUCAGAAACCUGCUUUUGUCUUCUUAGCCAGUGUUAGAUCAAAUCCUUACCACAGCAGCUGGGCUGGGCUCCCAGUGGGGGCCUUUACGGGGGAUGCGGGGGAGGGCAAGAGGAAGGCCUAGCUCCUCGUGCAGGCCUGUGCUUCAGGGACGCUGGAGCAAACGGCAGAGGAUCGUCCCUGGGCCGUGCCGUGUUUUUGCCUGGGUGCCACGUUGGACGUUGGCAGCCGCUUUGUAACACUAUCUUCCCCCUCUUCCCCGCACCCCACACAAAUGCAGCAGGUGCCAAGGAUUCUAGCUUCAGUUCGUCGAAUUGAGGUCUCGGGUAAAGGAUAGAUCCGCAGAAUACCCCAUAUUCCUGUGGACGAAACCUCUUCGGGAAAGGGGAGGACGGGGUCUCCGUGGUUGUGGGUGGAGGUCUGGGAUCGCCGCUCUGGGUUCGGGGCACUCAGCUGCUACUGUGUUCGUCCUUGCCUCAUCUGUCUCCGGCAGCCCGGACCCUCCAGUAGCUUGCUUGCUCCUCAGGUGGAGGUUAGAGGCAGGCGGCAUCCCACGCCGUGUCACACACAGAGGGGCACUUAGGGAGGCCAUACCCUCCAUUGACCCAUCUUCCUUCCCUGGCUUUCUGAACCGGACCGAAGAUAAAGGGACUUUGGAUCCUCUGAUGGCUUGGGUGGGGACGGCUAUUUCUUUGAAAGUUGCCAAAUGUGUUCUAUUGUAGUAUCCAAAAGUGUCGUUAUUUCUGUGACUGUCUCUUGGAAAUGCCUUGACUGAACGUUC